AUGAAGUCAAGUGUGGACUCGUUCCGGGAUCUGGUGUCCAAAGUCUUCAGCACACACUUCGUGGUGAUCGCCACCGAUAAGACACAGCACCUGCUGAAGCACACCAUCGACGACACCGUUGAUAAUCUGCUGAACCACUUCCAGACGGUCCAGAAGCUCACCCUGACCAUCCGAGACCUGUGCGGACACAACGCCUACCCAUUGCAUGGACUGCGCCUACACUUCAGCGAUGGACCGGCGCUGAAGUCGCGCCCAAACGCCAACCAAAUCAAGAAAUUGCAGUUCGAGUUGAUAUCGUCGAUGACACCGCACCUGUAUCCCAGUGAUAGUGACUAUCCACCACCUGCUGGUGCUGUCACGGAUGUUGGCGGUGAUACUGGUGGCAAUGUAGGCGCUGGUGGACAGGGAUCGACAACCACUCCGUGGUUUGAUAAAUGGAAACACCUGUUCAUCGAUACGUUUGAAUUGUCUGAACACGACUUCAUUGGCACUAACUUUGGCUCGUUUUUCGUGAUCACGGAUCAAGAGUUGGAGAGUUUUAAAGACAUUUUCGCCACAUUUAUCACUCAGAUCAAACAGAUGUCAUGGAUCCGAUGGAUUCAACCGGAUUUCGUGCGCUAUUAUGUGGUGCUAUCGGAACAGUCGCUCGAAACGCACCGGUCGAUGAACACCCCGAAAGCGGCCCUUUUCCGGGAACUACAGUCCAUUUACCCGAACUCCUAUUGGCUGCAAAUCGACACACAAUUGCUGAGCCAAACGCCAACCGCCGGUGCCGCUGAUAGCGGCGAUGACCACGUGUUUUGUGAUAAUAACAGCGCCGGUAGGCCUGUCGCUCGUUACGACUCCUCUGAAAGCUGUAAUCACGUGACGACUCCCAGCGCGAGUCCGGCGUUUGGCGAAAGUGGGGACCCAUUGAUGGCUCACAAACAUAUCAAUAACAACAGCGGCGGUCGACUCAGCAGCGCGUCCAGCGACCAGAGUCUCACCCAUUCAGUGGCCAGCCUUUCCCUCCAAGACCUGAGCCAACGAUACCUACAGCCGGUUCUGAAAUCAUCGGCGCCGGUACCCAAGUAUGCCGUGUUGGGCGCCGCCAUUGACGCUAUGUUUAAGGAGUUUGUGACCAAAACGCUGAUCCCGUGGGCCGAGAAGCACAUAAAACUGUUGGGCGACUCGAUAGCCGCCCGCAAAGGCUUCCGGCGCUCGAUAUUCUCGGCCACGAAGUCACUGAUCGGCAGUAUGUCGUCGCCGGCGCUCAACUCGAAGGUCACGUCCGGCGCCCAAUCGGUGGUGUAUAUGCCGGAGGCGCCCGAAAUGCAACUCCGAAAGCUGGGCGAUAUGGCGAUGUCGCUGGGCAUGUAUGAGUUGGCCUACCAGUCCUACUACUCGGCUAAAAAGGACUUCCAGUCGGAGAGCGCGUGGCUCUACUACGCGAGCGCUUGCGAGGCCUCAGCCGUCGCCUCCUAUUUCACGAACAAGUUUCAGAGGCAUUACUUCGAUCAGUCGAUCACGUGCUAUGUGGACACCUGUAGGGCCAUGGCGUUGGCCACCCGGGCGACCAUUUUGGCCACAGAAGCCGUGAGGAAUGUGUGGCCCAAUGAGGCGGCGAACCUCUUCAUACGGAUGACCGGCGAUGAUAGCGAUCUGCGGUCAGCCCUAUUCCUAGAGCAGGCCUCCUUGUGCUUCGUAGCUGCCGGUGCGAGACAUAGGAAGUCGGCGUUUCACUACGUGCUGGCCGGGCAUCGGUACAACCGAUGCGGUCUGAAGCACUACGCGUUGGCCGCGUACCAGAAGUUUACGGGCAGUCAGUGGACUUCAGCGGCCGAUCACGUGAACCUCACAAUAGCCCGACUCUUCCUGACCAUAGCGACCAAUCACCCGACGCCCGGUGCCUAUGGCGACGACUACCGGCGCCGUGGACUUGAGUUGUUGCGCCGCAAUGCCUCCAAACAGUUGUUUUUUCAAGAGUUUAUUAGAGAAGUGAAACGGGAUCUGGAGUUUAGCGGCGCCGACACCGCGACGACUGUUGGCGACAAUUACCACUACUUAGACAUACCAUUCAUACAUUCCAUGGCCUGCGAGCCGGUGGACGGGUCGGUGGUGUCGACGGCCGCUGUGGACAGACAUAAAGGCCAACACAACGUGUGUUUCAUAGGCGAGGAACUGGUGUUUAAACUGUGCCUUAAGACUCCGUUUCCCUAUGUGUUGCAUCGAUUGUGUUUCUAUACGAACUGCGCGACUCCCGGCGCUCUCACAUGUCCUCCCAUUACCUCUACAUUGGACGCCACCGACGAGGAGACUGUUAUCUAUAUGUCGGUUAUCCCGCAAACGGAGUGCGAGUUUGACAUACUGGGCCUCGACUACCGGUGCGACGAUAUUGUGGACAUUAAGAGCCCAUUGACUGAGAAACUGGCGAAAGGGUUGUGCUUUAAAGCGAUUAAGUCGUUGCCGUUAAUCCAGAUGGAGAUUAGCUCUCAUAGGCUGACGGCGCCGGCAGUGACAGGUGUUGUGAGCGCCGGCGGUUUAGUGCCGCUGUUCGCCACCGAACUCAUAGACCUAUCCAUACGGCUGUCGAGCGCCGGUAGUGUUAAUCAGUGGAAACCAUCGUCGAUACGAUUGACAUCCAAUGCUAUUGUGGUUAACGAGAGCACCGGUAGUCUGAAAGUUGGGUCGACUAAGGAGUCGGAUAUAGACGUGGAUUUCCAUAAGAAUAAUGCGUUGAAAAUUCAAAUACCGGUGACGUUAGGCCCGUAUGACCUGUAUUUUAAGCUCCAGUAUAGGGACGGCACGAGCAAUAAGAGUCGCACCGUUAGUAAGACUAUUGGUUUGGAUGUGAAGGAGUGCCUGCGUUUGGAUACCAGUCCCGCACCCGAAGUGAUUAGUCUCACGAAUACACUACUGAAUGGAGAAUCAGUUUUUGUGAAUCCAUUUGUGGAUCAAAGGCUCGAAAUACCGGCGCUUAUGACGGCUCAUGUGCUGACUGAUGGCCGGGCAGUGAACUGGACUGUGACUACAGGUGCCGGCGACGAGCGGGUCGGCGUUAUUAGGCUUUAAUUGUUUACGAAUUGAUAACUUGAACGCAAAUAUUAUUUAAGAAAAUGUGUUAUUUAUA